AUGCGCAAGACAGCAGGCAUAGGAAGUCCGCUGCUGCCGUCAUUGCUUGCGCCGACACCGCGGCGGCUCGGACGGCAGACGUCGACGCCUCCGCGAGGCGCUACGUGCAACCACUGCGUGGGGCUUGGGUGGGUGGCAUCGGCAAGCGGGGCCGGGGCUCGAAGUGGUCGCGGACGUGGACGUGGGCGCGGGCGUGGUGGCCGCUGGGUCCUCUACCGCGAGCGGCGGCCGUUCACCGUCAACUACACCGGCUCGCGGCUGGAGGACAACCGCUACGUUUCGGUCUUUGACGAACACAUGGUCUCGCACUACCACAAGCCGCGCGUUCGCGACUUUUUUGUUCGCAACGCCCUCGUUGAUGAGACCUUUGCCGAGCUCGGCGGCGUCUACCGCAAGGCGCUGAGCUCGGCGUCGGCCACCGCGACGGCGACAGCCGGCACUACGCGGUUGCACCAGACCGCUCGCGAGAGCGAGAGCCAUAGUCAUAGCCAGAGCCACGCACCGCGUCCGCCGUCAGCGCCGCGCGACUCAGCGUCGGCCGCAUCGCGCGGCCGCGCCUCACGUCCGCGCACACGCACACGCACACGCCCGGGAUCGGCCUCGAUCACCCCGCUGGUUCUUUCGCCUGAGGAGCGGGCACUCACCGGUGAUCAAGUCAAGCUCUUGCUCUCCGAGGAGGAGUAUACCCGCAUCCGGACGGUGAUGCGUAACUUUGGAUAG